AUGCAAAAAUUUUCGAAUAAAGAAGAUAGAGAUAUGACUCCCAAGUAUAGGGAAGCGUGCAGAAGGCUAGGAAUUAAUCCUGAAGAAUUAGCCUAUAAAUCUAUUGAUGAGUUUAGAGAGCCUGGGAUAAGUUAUGAGGUGGCUAGGCUUUACUAUAACAACUAUGAAACGAAAAGAAACGAAAGGAUAGCUUGAAUAUGGAGUGAAAGAGAAAGAAUCAAAGAAAAUGAAAUGAAAACUAGACAAACAACAGCAGCUACCAAUAUUUCAUGGACAAAUUCAGUCAGUUAUGAAAAAGAAAAGAGAGAACUUGAGUGACUCCAGAGAAAACAAUCAAUUGAUCUUAAUUUCUUAAAAAAACAGAAAAGCUAUCUAAUAUCCCUUGAGACGAAAGACCGUGAUAUAGCUGAAAGAAAUAAAGAAAAACUUGAAGAAAGGAACAAAGAAAUAGAGAAAAAAAGAAAAUUGCAAGAAGAAAAUAAAAGAAAAAGAGACCAAAUUUUAGCUGAGCGUCAAAUAAAAUUAGAAGAAGCUAUAUUAAAGCAAUCUCAGCUAGAUUCUCAAAAAUCUCAAGACUUUCUAAAGAUAAAAGCUGAGAGUGAACAGGAAAAGAAAGAAGAAGCCAAAAAGAAAGAAAUAGAAAUGAAAAAUAAGCAAGAUGAAUUUCAAAGGAAAAUUGAGCAGAUGGAAACUUUUAAAAAAAGAAUUGCUGAGGAAAAGAAGCAAGAGCUAGAAGAAAGAGAAAGAAAUAGGAUAGAAGCUAUAAAUAGCUUGAAUAGAGAAAGAACAGAGGAGAAUUUAAGGAAAGCUGAAGAGAAAAAGCAAAGAAUUGAAGAGGCAAAAAGAAAUUUGGAAAAAUUAAAAGAAAAAAAUAAACUGGAGACCGAAAAAAAGCAAAUGAUUAAUGAAAAAAGGAGAAAAGAAAUGGAUGAGGAAAAGAGGAUAGAAAUUGAAAUUUCUAGACAAAAUGCUCAAGAAAAAGCUAACUCCCCCCACCCCUCGUGUGAGUGAACAAAACCAUUAGAAAAAUCCCUAUUUUUUGCCCAAAAACCACCCUCCACGAGUGAACAAAAAUUUUUUUAAUAGAAAAAAUUUUUAUGGAAAAAAAAUUUUAUAUAUAAAUGAUAAUUAUUAUAAUGAAAUCUAGAGCUAAUUCUGUUUAAUUUUAAACGAAUUGCUUUUUUAAAACAUAAAUUUUAUAAAUUAAAUUAAUAUUUGCUUUCCAAUUUUUUGAAUUAGAUUUUUUUUUAAUUUCGAAAAAAAAUAUAUUUUUUUAAACAAAAAAUUAACCCCUCCGUGAGUGAACAAAAUUUUUUUGUUCACUCACGGAGGGGGGGGGGAGUAAGCACUUAGAUUAUGUUAAAAAAAUGAAUCAAGAUAAUGUAGAAAAAAGAAGAAAUGAUUUAUUAAAAUGUUCAUCCAUAGCAGAUAUGAGAUUCAAAGAGCAGCAAAAAAUAAAGCAAGAUGAAAUUCAAGAGAAAAAGCAAGAGCUUAAAGCUCACUAUGAUGCAAUAAAACAAGCAAAGUUAAAUCUCCAAAUAUCUGAGUCUGAAAGGCUAAAUAAGUUAAGGGAAAAGCAAUUUGAAGAAGACCGUAAAAUAAAAGAGCUGAAAGAACAGAUAAAUAAUUACGAAAAGAGCAAAAAAGAAAUAAAAAAUAAAAAACAUCAAGAAAGGCUGGAACUAGUGAAAAGUGCUAAAGAGGAAGAUAUGCUGAAAAGGCAAAAAACAUUAGAAAGGAUAAGAGAAGAAGAUAAAAGGUCAGAAAGAAUCAAAGCAGAAAGAGAGGAAAGUAUGAAAGAUAGACAAAGAGCGAAGUCUGUUGCACAGUUUGAAAGGAGCUCAAUGAUUGAAAAGUUUAAUAGUGAAAAGAAAAAAGUGUAA